AAUUCAUUCAACAAAACUUUGUGGAAUACCUAGGUAAUGUCCUAGGCAACAGAACACAGCAGUGAAAAAAAAACAGACAAAAUCCGCUCAUAUACCACUACAGAUGAUGAUGUCUUCCAGCUUCAAUGUAUUUAGAGUUUGGAUCUCUUUUAUCAUGAUGGGCAUUUUUUACAAGUCAACAGUAGCCUCUCUACCAGAACUGAGUCCUCAGAAAUAUUUCAAUACAUUGCAACCAGGAAAAGCUUCUUUAGCUUAUUUUUGUCGAGCUGAUUCUCCAAGUACUUCUAUGUUUCUUGAAGAACUAAAUGAAGCUGUUAGACCUCUCCAGGACUAUGGAAUUUCAGUUGCAAAGGUUAAUUGUGUCAAAGAAGAUACAUCAAGAUACUGUGGAAAAGAAAAGGAUUUGAUGAAAGCAUAUUUAUUCAGGGGCAACAUAUUGCUCAGAGAAUUCCCUACUGAUGCCUUGUUUGAUGUGAAUGCCAUCGUUGCUCAUGUUCUCUUAAAGCUCACUAGUCAUGCUGUUUUUCCAAUGGACACCUGAUGACUAUCAUCGCCCCAGAAACGAGGGUGAAGAAACAGAGAAAGAAGAUUCUUUGAGGGAUAGGAGGGUACCAAGAUUGUCUUUCCAUAAAGUGUGAAUCCAAGUUUGACACCAAAUCCAGUGCUGAAGAACUAAGUUAAAGAACUGUACCAAAUAGUAUGCCAUAUCAUAUCUGUACCUUGCAAAUUGCCCUGCGGAAGAAAAAUGCCUUUCAAUCUAUCAUCCUAUUUUCGUGUGGGAAAACCAUCAGUUUGAAAUGCCCAGAGCCUGGUGAGCAUAUUCUUUCUCUCUCUGGUACUUUUUUGUAGUUGCAUACUCUUCAUAGAAAUAUGAUUGAAUUGUUGCUUGAUAUCUUUUUCCCAUUUUUCUAUUGUGUUUUAAAUUUUAUUCUUGAUUUCUAGGCGCGCUCUUCAUAUAAAGGAAACACGAUGUGCAGAUUUUUUCCCUAAGUUUGUUAUUUAUCUUUUGAAUUUCCCUAUUCUGUAGUUUUAAAAAUUAUGUGAUCAAAUUUAUCUUUUCUUUUUGACUUCUGGAUUUUAAGUUGUACUAUGGUCUCCCUUAUGCCAUUGUUAUAAAGGAGUUCACUGAUUUCAGUUGAUAAUUGAUUUGUUUAUUAGAGCAUUUUUAAACUUACAGAAUAUUGUAAAAUUUACAGAAAAUUGAGCAGAUAAU